CCCGGUUUUUCCUUGGGUCUUGUGACAAACGCGCUCUCUACACUACCCUCAAACUUCAAUAGUGCCAUGAACGGCAUAAAUAAUGCUUCAAACACGAAGAAUGCGGUAAAUAAGCCCAGUUCUGUUAACCAGAGUCCAGCCCAGCCCAUUCUUGCACCUUCCAACAACUCACCAGCAUCACAGAAAGUCCAAAGCAACGCGUCAGCAGCAACAAACAAUGGUUCUACACGUACUACGAACGGCGACGUCAACUCUAAUGGGACAAACAAGGGGAAGAAGGCCCCCGGACCGCCAAUAAAUUCCAGUGAGGUACAAGAGCUCGUCCAAAGCAGAAUAGCCGCACUGGAAGGAGAGAAAGUUCAGGGCGGUGAGGAGGACAGACGUUCUGCUCCAUACGAAAUACGUGGAACUGGUGCGGCUCCUGUCCUCGAAUUAGGAAAUCAAUUGAACGCUUUCCAGUACCAGGACUUCCGGAGGCAAGAACGCGAGCAUACUAAAGAACGACAAAAGAAUAAGAAAGAAGCUGAUGCUUGUGAGGCCCUCGUUCCCCUAUUGGAACUCUUGCUGAUUCGUUCUCAAGCCAAAACUGCCCUCACGAAUGUACAGAAGCUGAAAUCCAAGACUGAUGCAGUAGUGAGAGAUAUGCAGAAGCAAAACAAGGAUCUCAGGGUUAGUCCGAUCAAUGCAGGAUACCUCUCUUUAACCGAUUCCUUUAGGAAGAGAAUAAGCGGAUUAAGAACUCGUUACAUCAAGCUGAAGUUCAG